UCCUCCUUUCCACAAAAAGCUAAGAACAACUAUCCCAAGAUCCAUUUCUUUCCAAAGAGAGUUGUUUUCCAAAUUAGUAAAGGAAAGCAGAAGAAGAAACCCUAGAAUUAGUGAGGAGGAGAUGGGGAGGGGCAAAAUAGCAAUUAGGAGGAUCGAUAACUCGACGAGCAGGCAGGUGACCUUCUCGAAAAGGAGAAGUGGGCUGCUCAAGAAGGCUAAGGAGUUGUCAAUCCUGUGUGAUGCUGAGGUUGGAUUGAUUGUGUUUUCCAGCACUGAGAAGCUCUAUGAUUUUGCAAGUACCAGUAUGAAAUCGGUGAUAGAAAGAUACACGAAGCUUAAUGAGGAGAAUUACCCUCUCAGCAAUCCUACUUCUGAGAUCAAGUUUUGGCAAAGGGAAGCAACAAGCUUGGGGCAACAGCUGCACUACUUGCAACAAUGCCACAGGCAGCUUUUAGGAGAAGAGCUUUCAGGAUUGAGCAUCAAUGACCUCCAAAAUCUGGAAAAUCAGCUCGAGAAGAGUUUGAAAGGAGUGCGAAUCAAGAAGGAACAAACUCUGAGUGAGGAGAUCAAAGAGUUAAACAUGAAGGGAAACCUCAUUCAACAAGAAAACAUUGAACUACACAAGAAGAUACACGUUGUAAGUCAAGAGAAUGCAGAGUUACAGAAAAAGGUCUAUGGCCCAGAGAGAAUAAGUGCAGUGAAUGGUGCUCUUAAAGAAUAUGAUGCGAAAGCAGCAAUAAACCUCGAGCUCAGUCAAUCACAAAGUGAGAAUAGGAAGAAGCCAGAUGUGAACUUGGGGCUUCAACUGCAUUAGAGUUGGUGAGUUUACCAGCUCCAUAACGAAAUUUACCCGAAUUUCAGACUUUGAAGAACCAGGUUCAAACACUGGUAGAAGAAUUGUAAAGUGACAGGAUGGAUUCACAGAUCUGUUUGAUGAAAUAUGUCAAUAUGAUUUACUGUUUUUAGAAGAUACACUAGGAAGCUAUGUAAAGUUAUAAUAUAUGGUGAGGAGAGAGAAAAAUAAAUCUUCUAAGAAACUCUAUAGCUAAAGCCAUGGUUGAUUUUUGUAUAUUAUCGAUACCCUAAAUAACUGAG